AGUUCUCCGAGUUUAGGGAUUGAACCAUUUAUCUGGAAAAGGGCUGGUUCCCAGGAACAGUCAGGAUUGACUCAGCUCCAAAUUAUUUGGUGGAGAAGGAAUUUUUUGCCGCGCUCAGAUUCGGAAGAUGAACUGGGGGAACUGACAAGUGAAUGUUUUGGAAACUAUAUCAGAGAUUCGGGGUUGUUGGGUGGCAGUAGGGGGGAGUCAGGGAACUUGGGAGUGAGAACAAGCCGCGAUGUUUGUCCGGUCCGGACGGUGUUGGUUCUAAUCCCUGGAGCAGUUUUGAGCUGACAGUGUUUUCCCUGGAUUUGUUGUUGGCUGUCGGAGUGGGACUCGGAUCCGAUGGGAAUUGGGGACAUUUGGAAGCAUAUCACCACCACUGAGGAAAACUAUGGCGUUUACAUUCGCUGCCUUCUGUUACAUGCUUUCCUUAGUCCUCUGCUCUUCCCUCAUCUUCUUCGCCAUCUGGAACAUAAUUGCAUUUGAUGAAUUACGUAAAGAUCUUAGGAACCCCAUUGAUCAAUGCAAUCCUCUCCAUGCACGAGAGAGGCUGAGGAAUAUUGAACGGAUCUGCUACUUGCUGCGGAGGUUGGUGCUUCCAGAAUAUUCCAUCCAUGGAUUGUUCUGUAUCAUGUUCCUGUGUGCACAAGAAUGGCUGACACUUGGUCUCAAUAUCCCUCUGCUCUUCUAUAAUCUUUGGAGAUAUUUUCACAACCCCACAGACAGUAAUGAGUUAAUGUACGAUCCUGUGACAGUGAUGAAUGAUGAGACACUCAACUACUGCCAGAAGGAAGCUUGGUGCAAGAUGUCCUUCUACCUGAUGUCAUUUUUCUACUACCUAUAUUGUAUGAUCGAUACAUUGGUCAGCAUCUAAUCAGGAGGACUCAGAGGCAGAGUGCAAAUCAAAUCCAGCAAAAAGCAGGGGCAGAGAGAGACUGUUGCAUCCGAGUUAUUGAAUUCUAACCUUGAACCAUCGUUUACCAUAUUCCCUUUGAAACAAUGAAGCAGCAGGGAAGAGUGAGUCCUUUACGAUCUCAACAGCCAUGGAGGAUGAAGGGAAAGUACGGAAGGGAGUUGAUUUCUGCCUCACUCAACAUGUCUGCCUUGUUCAUGGAUGUACAGUCUUAAAGUUUACAACUCUGAAACCAGCUGUGAUGUCUGUAUAAUUGUUUUAUUUAUCUAGUUGCGUACAGAGGUGUCUCCAUCAGUCCCCUUCUAAGUAAAGGAGAUCUCUCCAGCUGGACCAUUUACAGUCAAGGAGAUCUCACCAUCAAGAUCCCUUUAUAUAGGAUCCUCCUCCUUCAGAAGCCCCUAAAGUAAGCAAUAUCCCUCCAUCAGGUUCUCUUAGAAUAAGGGCGAUCUCUCCGUGAACCUUACAGUGAU